AUGGAUAUGGAUUUCUCCACAUCCGGCAAGGAGUUGGACCCCCGAAAUCCAGACUCAAGGAUCCAGCGUGCGCUGGGCCUGACUUGUGGAGCCUUCUCCUUUAUCGAGCGGAAGGAUGACGAGGAGGUGUACAAGGACGGACGGAAGCAGAAAUACAAGGAGGGUGAAGACACAAGCAAAGACUGGAUCUGCUUGAGGUCCAAGGCAAACGGCGAGCCGUGUGAGGAACGAAAUUUCCCACGCAACGAGAAGUGCUUCCGUUGCGGCGGCUUGAGGCAGAGCAAUGCUCCUCUUGUCAGGGAUUACAAGUCGAACAAAAAAAUUGACGGUCGCAAAAUGUGA